AUGUUUAAUAAAAGUGUAAAUAGUGGUUUCACCUUUGGAAACCAAAACACAUCCACACCGACAUCCACUCCGGCACAGCCUUCCAGUUCCCUUCAAUUCCCUCAAAAAUCUACUGGGUUAUUUGGGAACGUUAAUGUUAAUGCGAAUACUUCAACACCUAGCCCAUCUGGUGGAUUAUUCAAUGCCAAUUCAAACGCUAAUUCUAUAAGUCAACAACCCGCCAAUAAUUCAUUAUUUGGAAAUAAACCAGCACAACCAUCAGGUGGCUUAUUUGGCGCUACAAACAAUACUACUUCUAAAAGUGCCGGAAGCUUAUUCGGAAAUAAUAAUGCCACAGCAAAUUCUACGGGCUCUACAGGUUUAUUCAGUGGUAGCAAUAAUAUAGCCUCUAGUACCCAAAAUGGUGGUUUGUUUGGUAAUAGCAACAAUAACAAUAUAACUUCUACCACGCAAAAUGGUGGUCUGUUCGGUAAGCCUACUACAACCCCUGCUGGUGCUGGCGGCCUGUUUGGAAAUUCCUCAUCGACAAACUCAACGACAGGAUUAUUUGGAUCAAAUAAUACACAAAGUUCUACAGGUAUUUUUGGUCAAAAGCCGGGAGCUUCAACAACUGGGGGAUUGUUUGGAAAUAAUGGUGCUUCAUUCCCAAGAUCCGGUGAAACUACUGGAACCAUGUCAACCAACCCAUAUGGAAUUAACAUAAGUAAUGUUCCUAUGGCAGUGGCUGACAUGCCAAGAUCUAUUACGUCUUCUCUAUCAGAUGUGAAUGGCAAGUCAGAUGCGGAACCCAAACCAAUUGAAAAUAGAAGAACAUAUUCGUUUUCUUCCUCAGUUUCAGGGAACGCUCCUUUACCACUCGCCUCACAGUCAAGUUUAGUGAGUAGACUAAGCACGAGACUGAAAGCCACUCAGAAAAGCACGUCACCGAAUGAAAUAUUUUCACCGUCUUACAGUAAACCGUGGCUGAAUGGAGCAGGUUCAGCUCCCUUAGUAGAUGACUUUUUUUCUUCAAAGAUGACUUCUUUGGCUCCAAAUGAAAACAGCAUCUUUCCUCAGAAUGGUUUUAAUUUCCUAUCCUCCCAAAGGGCCGACUUGACAGAGCUGCGUAAAUUGAAAAUUGAUUCCAACAGAAGUGCUGCAAAAAAAUUAAAACUCCUCUCUGGUACUCCCGCCAUCACAAAAAAACAUAUGCAAGACGAACAAGAUUCAUCGGAAAAUGAGCCAAUUGCAAAUGCUGAUAGUGUCACUAACAUUGACAGGAAAGAAAAUAGAGAUAAUAAUUUGGAUAACACUUAUUUGAAUGGAAAGGAGCAAUCGAAUAACUUGAAUAAACAAGACGGCGAAAAUACUUUACAACAUGAAAAGUCAUCAAGUUUUGGUUAUUGGUGUUCUCCUUCCCCAGAACAGCUGGAGCGUUUGUCAUUGAAGCAAUUAGCGGCCGUUUCAAAUUUUGUUAUCGGGAGAAGAGGUUAUGGUUGUAUUACAUUUCAACAUGAUGUGGAUCUCACAGCUUUUACCAAAAGCUUUAGAGAAGAACUAUUCGGUAAAAUUGUAAUAUUUCGUUCCUCUAAGACAGUAGAAGUAUAUCCUGACGAAGCCACCAAACCAAUGAUUGGGCAUGGGUUAAACGUUCCCGCUAUAAUCACUCUAGAGAAUGUUUAUCCUGUAGAUAAAAAAACAAAAAAACCGAUGAAAGAUACGACGAAGUUUGCUGAAUUUCAAGUUUUUGACAGGAAACUAAGAAGCAUGAGGGAAAUGAACUAUAUAUCCUAUAAUCCCUUUGGCGGGACUUGGACUUUCAAAGUCAAUCAUUUUAGCAUUUGGGGGUUAGUCAAUGAAGAAGAUGCGGAAAUAGAUGAAGACGAUUUGAGUAAACAAGAAGACGGCGGUGAGCAACCAUUAAGAAAGGUGCGCACGUUAGCGCAAUCAAAACCAUCGGAUAAAGAGGUUAUCCUCAAAACAGAUGGCACUUUUGGAACUCUAUCAGGUAAAGACGACUCUAUCGUUGAGGAAAAGGCAUACGAACCUGAUUUGUCUGAUGCGGACUUUGAGGGAAUUGAAGCUUCCCCUAAACUUGACGUUUCUAAGGAUUGGGUAGAACAAUUAAUUUUAGCUGGGUCUUCACUACGUUCUGUGUUUGCCACUUCUAAAGAAUUUGACGGGCCAUGUCAAAAUGAAAUAGAUUUACUCUUUUCCGAAUGCAAUGAUGAAAUUGAUAACGCAAAACUCAUCAUGAAGGAAAGAAGAUUUACAGCCUCUUAUACGUUUGCAAAAUUUUCAACAGGUUCAAUGCUACUGACAAAAGAUAUUGUUGGUAAAUCGGGCGUUUCAAUUAAGCGUUUACCAACUGAGUUGCAAAGAAAAUUUUUAUUCGAUGACGUCUAUUUAGAUAAAGAAAUUGAAAAGGUUACUAUCGAAGCAAGGAAGUCAAACCCAUACCCACAAAUUAGUGAAAGCUCUUUACUCUUUAAAGAUGCUUUAGAUUAUAUGGAAAAAACCUCUAGUGAUUACAAUCUAUGGAAACUUUCAUCUAUUUUAUUCGACCCCGUUUCCUAUCCAUACAAGACGGACAAUGAUCAAGUAAAAAUGGCAUUAUUAAAAAAAGAAAGGCAUUGUCGAUUAACUUCGUGGAUUGUUAGCCAGAUAGGUCCGGAAAUUGAAGAGAAAAUUAGGAAUUCUUCUAACGAAAUAGAACAAAUAUUUCUAUAUUUGCUCUUGAAUGAUGUCGUAAGGGCAUCCAAGUUAGCAAUUGAGUCUAAGAAUGGUCAUUUGAGCGUUUUGAUAUCCUAUUUGGGUUCAAACGACCCAAGGAUACGUGAUUUAGCGGAAUUACAAUUGCAAAAGUGGUCAACUGGUGGUUGUAGUAUCGACAAGAAUAUCUCGAAGAUUUACAAAUUACUAAGCGGUUCACCUUUUGAAGGUUUAUUUUCUCUUAAGGAACUUGAAAGUGAAUUCAGUUGGUUGUGCCUUUUGAAUUUGACACUGUGCUACGGCCAGAUAGAUGAGUAUUCCUUAGAAUCUCUUGUGCAAUCGCAUUUAGACAAGUUUUCUUUACCCUAUGAUGAUCCUAUUGGAGUUAUUUUCCAACUAUAUGCUGCUAAUGAAAAUACGGAGAAGCUCUAUAAGGAGGUUAGACAAAGAACCAACGCUUUAGAUGUUCAGUUUUGCUGGUACUUGAUUCAAACAUUGAGAUUUAAUGGAACACGCGUUUUUUCGAAGGAAACUAGCGAUGAGGCUACAUUCGCAUUUGCCGCUCAACUUGAAUUUGCACAAUUACAUGGCCACUCUCUUUUUGUUUCUUGCUUUUUAAAUGAUGACAAGGCAGCAGAAGAUACCAUAAAAAGGCUUGUUAUGCGUGAAAUAACAUUGUUAAGAGCCUCUACCAAUGAUCACAUUUUAAAUAGAUUAAAGAUCCCUUCGCAAUUGAUAUUCAAUGCUCAAGCUUUGAAAGAUAGAUAUGAAGGCAAUUACCUUUCUGAAGUACAAAAUCUACUCCUGGGUUCGUCUUAUGAUUUGGCAGAAAUGGCUAUUGUUACGUCAUUAGGACCAAGGCUGUUGUUAUCAAACAAUCCUGUACAGAAUAAUGAACUGAAAACUUUGAGGGAAAUUCUUAACGAAUUUCCAGACUCUGAGAGGGACAAAUGGAGUGUAAGUAUAAACGUAUUUGAAGUAUAUCUAAAGCUUGUGUUGGAUAAUGUUGAAACGCAGGAGACUAUCGAUUCAUUAAUUAGUGGUAUGAAGAUAUUUUAUGAUCAGUAUAAGCACUGUCGUGAAGUGGCCGCAUGUUGUAAUGUUAUGUCCCAAGAGAUUGUAUCAAAAAUAUUGGAGAAAAACAAUCCUUCAAUAGGCGAUUCGAAGGCCAAAUUGCUUGAGCUCCCCCUAGGGCAGCCAGAAAAGGCAUACUUGAGGGGUGAGUUUGCCCAGGAUUUAAUGAAGUGUACAUAUAAGAUAUAA